ACGUGAGCGUGACACUGACGUUUCUUUCGUUGAAAGUUGAAAGCAGUCUGCCUUGAUUGAUUUUUAUUCAAAAAAUGCGAUUAUAAUGAAUUGUAACAUUGAUUGUGAGGCCUAGCAUUGUAAAUAAGUGAAAAGUACAAAGUUAACCCUAUGUUUAACUAUGUCUCACAAUAUUUUAGAACUUUACAGCGGCAUAGGAGGCAUGCACUGUGCAUGGAAUGAAUCUGGUCUACAAGGUAAAAUUGUUGCUGCAGUCGACAUAAACACUGUUGCCAAUGAAGUGUACAGACACAACUUUCCUGACACAAAAUUACUCACGAAAAACAUACAAAAACUGUCUCCUCAAGACAUAAAAAGAUGGAAAAUCGAUACAAUACUCAUGUCACCGCCUUGCCAGCCUUUUACAAGGAAUGGGAAGUACUUAGAUGACAAUGACCCCAGAACCAACUCAUUUUUAUACAUUAUUGGAAUCUUAGACCAGCUAGACAAUAUAGAUUAUAUUCUUAUGGAAAAUGUUAAAGGUUUUGAGAGUUCUACUGUUAGGAAUUUGUUUAUAGACAAGUUGAAAGAAUGCAACUUUAUUUACCAAGAGUUUCUAUUGUGUCCGUCAUCUUUUGGUGUGCCUAACUCUAGACUAAGAUAUUAUUGCACAGCAAGGAGGAAAACUUUGACAUGGCCUUUCAAAAGGAAAGAUGAGAUUAUAUCACAGCUGCCUAAGGAUUAUGGAUUGCCAUUUUCCCUACAAACAAUAAUAGAAGAUGAUGUUCAUGAAAAGUAUUUGUUACCAGACAAAAAGUUAAAACAUGGUAAUGUGCUGGACAUCUGUCACAGAACUUCUAAAAGAUCUUGUUGCUUCACUAAAGCUUACACACACUACAGUGAAGGGACAGGGUCCGUUUACACUGACAAAAGUCCAGAAAUGGUUCAAAAAUGUUAUGAAAAAGCUAAUCUAAGUGAGGUUGGCAGUGAUGACUAUGUUGAAUCAAUGAAGGAAUUGAAGCUGAGAUAUUUUACCCCUAAAGAGGUCCUAAUGUUAAUGUCCUUCCCACAAAGUUACAGUUUCCCCACAAAUACAUCAUUGAAACAAUGUUAUCGGUUGCUAGGCAACAGUGUUAAUGUUAAAGUUAUAAGUGAACUGUUAAAAAUACUGUUUGAAGAAUAAAUAUUUAUUUAACAUUUU